GCUGACGAAACGCUUCAUAAAUUCGAGGCACCCAAACAGACACACACACGAGGUUGGAGGUUGGCCUCGUUCGUCUGGUCGGGAUUGCACCACGCUGAGACACCGUCACCGGAACCUCUGAUCUCGUUGAUCCCGGGUGCGAUUCAAUCGACGAUUGGAUCCGCGUGCAGAGCAGAUCCAUCUAUCCAUCCAUCGUUCCAUCGUCGGGACUGGGGACCAUGGCUGUGGUGCGCACACACUUUGAUAACAACGCCGAAGUGGGCGUGUUUUCCAAAUUAACCAAUGCUUACUGUCUGGUGGGCAUUGGGGGCUCAGAGAAUUUCUAUUCCACCUUCGAGGCUGAAUUAGACGAGGUCAUUCCCGUGGUGCACGCCAGCGUGGGUGGCUGCCGCAUCCUGGGCCGUUUAACGGCCGGCAAUCGCCACGGUCUGAUCGUGCCCAACAGCACGACGGAUCAGGAAUUGCAGCAGCUUCGCAACUCGCUGCCCGAUUCGGUCAAGGUCAAGCGCAUCGAGGAACGCCUCUCGGCCUUGGGCAACGUGGUGGCCUGCAACGACUACGUGGCCUUGGUUCAUCCGGAUCUGGACCGCGAGACCGAGGAGAUCCUGGCCGACACGCUCCAAGUGGAGGUGUUCCGACAGACCGUGGCCGGCAACGUGCUCGUGGGCUCGUAUUGCACCCUGUCCAAUCAGGGCGGAUUGGUCCAUCCUCGCACUUCCACCACCGAUCAAGAUGAGUUGGCCUCACUCCUACAGAUCCCGUUGGUGGCCGGGACGGUCAAUCGGGGUUCGGAUGUGAUAGGUGCGGGCAUGGUGGUGAAUGAUUGGACGGCCUUUUGCGGCCAAGAGACCACUUCCACCGAGAUCUCGGUCAUCGAGUCCGUGUUCAAGCUGAACGAGGGCCAACCCUCGGCCAUCACGCAGCAAAUGCGAGCCUCGCUCAUCGAGUCCAUGACAUGAGAGGCCAGACAUGGAACCUUCAUCCGAUAUCACUCUAUAUUUGUAAAGCUCGCAGAUUUGAAAUCAAUACACACACUCCCCGGACUCUCA